CUUAGACUGAAGGUGUGGCUCAAAGUGGAGCACAUCUCGUCUCCAAAGCGCCCGGAUGCUCAUAAUGGUGCACUAACAGACACAAAAAGAGACAGGGACACCACAGAGCAGCACAGUCAGAGCAUGUCCACUGGGAAGGUGGCUGUUAUUAUAGGGCUGGGAGUAGGUGCGAUGCUUUUCAUACAAAGAGGAGACACGCUGGACUUGGUGGGCAACAACUGGUACCCAGAAUGGAGGGAGACGGCUGUGGUGUGCGUCAUAGCCGGAGUUUCCCUCCUCGUCUUGGGCUGGCUGCACAGGCUGCUCUUCGGUCCUCUGGAGCUGCUAAGGGGGCCCGAUGAUGUGGGUUACAUUGCUGAGGACGGUCGCUCCAGAGCCCGGGCUGCAAACGAGGUGCGCCGCAGGAGGAAGACCGGAGAUCUGCCUCCUGUUUAUCCAAACGGAUGGUACCGAGUGCUGGACUCACACAUGCUGCAGAGAGGCCAGGUCAAAGGUGUCUCUGUUCUAGGUGAGCAGACGGCAGUGUUUCGGGGCCAGGAUGGAAAGGCCUACGUAAUGGAUGCCUACUGCCCUCACCUGGGUGCCAACCUGGCUGUGGGAGGACGGGUGGUGGGAAGCUGCAUAGAGUGCCCAUUUCAUGGAUGGCAGUUUCGGGGGAGCGAUGGCAAGUGUGUGAGGAUCCCCUAUGCAGAAAAAGUGCCUGAGUUUGCCAAGGUGCGCUGCUGGCCCAGCUGUGAGGUCAACAACCAGAUCCUGGUGUGGUUUCACUGUGAUGGGGAAGAUCCUCAGUGGACCGUCCCAGAGCAGCCAGAAAUUACAAAGGGGGAAUGGGUCUAUCGGGGGAGAACUGAACACUUUAUCAACGCUCACAUACAGGAGAUUCCUGAAAAUGCAGCAGACAUCGCUCACAUCGCUCACCUGCACACGCCGGGCAUUAUCAGCGGAGUAGAUCUGCGUUACACCAAGAGCAAAACCUGGGAAUUUUUGCGGCAUGACUGGAAGGCUCAAUGGGAACCAGAGUCAGAGCCCAACAAGCAUUGCUCUCAGAUGUUGGUGAAACAUGCACUUACUGUGUUUGGUUGCCACUGGCCUCUGCUGGAUGUUCAUGUUGUGGCUAGACAGGUGGGUCCAGGAGUGGUGUUCCUGCUCUUUGACCACAGUUUCUUGGGCCGAGGUGUUAUCUUGCACAGUGUGACUCCAGUGGAGCCUCUGUUGCAGUGUGUCUCUCACACCAUCUUCUAUCAGUCUAAUAUCCCACCUCUGGUGCCCAAAUUCCUCCUCAAAGCAGAGUGCAUUCAGUUUGAGCGGGACGUGAUGAUCUGGAACAAUAAGAAGUACAUCUCCAAGCCUCUCCUUGUGAAGGAGGACUCAGCCAUCCAGAAGCACAGGCGCUGGUUCAGUCAGUUCUACAGCGAGAACAGCCCGCGGCUGCAAUACCAGCACAACACUUUGGACUUCUGACCCCCCUGAACUACCGAAGAGAAGAUCAGCAGAGAAGAUGUCAGGUCAGGGUUGACAUUAAUCAGAGGUCUCAGAGGAGGGAGUCCAGGAAUUGAUUUUUAUCAGUCACUUAUAAAAAAUUAAAGGAGGACGGGAGACCUGACCUGCUUGGGGCUCUUUUGAAAGCCUGAACCUUCUGUUAACCCUUAUAACCUCCUUUUCUAAGUCUUAUUGAAUGACUUUCCAGCUUUAUAUAUACGCAAGUGCCUGCAGCUGUCAUGUCGCCUGGUUGGACUGGUAUAAGAGUGGAUUCAGCCUGUGAAUGUGAGAUUUUAAUGAACCAGUCCUAACAAACAAUACAAAGCAAGCAAUACUAAGAAUGCCACAAUUGCCUCGCUGUAUCGCUGACAAGACCAUUAGAUUGUCAAAAAACACUUUACUCUGAAAAAUGUGAAUGAUUACACUGUGAUGCACAUAUAACCCGUAACAGUCUUGUGCUUGAGAGACUGUGUUUUCUGUCUGUAUAUUUCAUAUGAGUUAAUAUAAACUACCUGCCUCUAGUUUGAGUUCAGUGUGAAGUCUCACAAUACAAUGAUUUGUUAUCAUUUUCUUUCUCACUUUGGCUUUAUCUGCCUCAGCCGUAGGUAGAAUGGCAGGUGUGUUUGUUUUCCGAUUGAUAUCUCAGGGUGCUCAACAGCCAGCUGAUAGGGAUUUUCUAGUCACAGCAGUGUGCAAUGACAACGUAAAGUACAGCAACUCCUCUUAAAAUCCUUUUUUAAAUUGAUUUAUUAGUGAUUGGGCUCAGGCGUUGCCAGCGGUCUCCAUAGCUCCAUCGUUGCUCCGAUAUUCACGAAAUGUGGUACCCACAUUGCUCUUAUCAUUUGUUUGUACAUUAAAGCAUGUAAACAUGUUCUAGUAGAAACCCCAAAUACAAGUAUGCACCUGAGAAUGAGCAUGAUAGGUCCUCUUUAAAGUCAGUCUUUACUCAAUGCCAGUUCUGAUCAUUUAUGUUAAAAAUGGGAAGUGUUGCUCUUAAUACACUGUUUGUGUAUUAUUAAAUUUGUGUUCCCAUUAUCGCCCCAGCAGAUCUGCAUGUAAGACAUCAAUAUGCAGUAAACAUAUUUUUUUGUGCAUUUACUCCUGGCGCACAUUGUUGACUCGUAAUCACUGAUGACUACGACGCCGUGAGGCUUUAUUGAAUGAUACUGUGCAAUGUAAUGUUCAGUUGCCCGUGGUGAUGGGGCUGAUUAUGUGGAAUUGCUUGAUAUUACAUUUUAAUAUCCGUUAGAUUGUCAGAUGGUCAUAGGAGACACGUUUCAAAGCGAGUAACCAGCAAUGUUAAAAAGCACAAUGAAUAUCAGAUGUUCUCUCUCAAUAUUGAAAUGUAUUUUUUGUCACAUGCUAAUCUACAUAUGUACUGUUUAUUUAAAUAUGCAGAAUAAAUCUGUCU